UUCUGGGCCACUGACAUGCCAUCCAGACUGAGGAAGACCCGGAAACUUCGGGGCCACGUGAGCCAUGGCCACGGCCGCAUUGGCAAGCACCGGAAGCACCCAGGAGGCCGGGGUAAUGCUGGUGGUAUGCAUCACCACAGGAUCAACUUUGACAAAUAUCAUCCAGGUUACUUUGGAAAAGUUGGUAUGAGGCAUUACCACUUAAAAAGGAACCAGAGCUUCUGCCCAACUGUUAACCUUGAUAAACUGUGGACCUUGGUCAGUGAGCAGACACGGGUAAAUGCUGCCAAAAACAAGACUGGAGCUGCUCCUAUCAUUGAUGUGGUGCGAUCGGGCUACUACAAAGUAUUGGGAAAGGGAAAGCUCCCCAAACAGCCUGUCAUUGUGAAGGCCAAACUCUUCAGUAAAAGAGCUGAGGAAAAGGGGCGCCUGGGCCUCUCACCCACCCCCAGAGAGUGUCAGCAUCUUCUCAUUGUUCUGAGAGUUGUGUUAGUGGCACGAUUGCCCCCUGGAGGCCAGACAGAGGAGCAGCCUCCUUAA